AUUGAAGGGUUAACCCUGUAUUUUGUGCCAGGAAGCAAAAUCCUUAGAGGUAAGACUGAUAAGAGCGGGGAGUUGAUGUUACUGAAGUUCUGUUUGGCUCCACACUGGAGAACAGAAUGUGGAGUUGAGGGAGGAGGAAGGAAGCUCAACGUUGAGGCUGAUUCCAUAAUCCAGGUGAGGGUUAAUGAACAAUUCAUGGCUAAGAAGAUGUGGCUGGAUUCACUAUUCACAUUUUGCAAAGGGGAAGCUAGAUUUUAAUAUGAUGGUAAAUGUGUGAAAGAGAGGUUUCAGGUAUGACCCCAUAGUUUUUGGUCUUAGCAGCUGUACUGAUAGAGGCUGUAUCAGCUGAGAUGAGCAAAUUGACAGUAGGCAUAACAUUCACUGGGUUAUAAGGAGGGUUGUUAAGAAUCUGAGAUGAUUCAGAGACCAGUAAGUAGAGGCAACAAGUCAGUAAUGUCCACAUAGGUUGGGAUAUCUGGAAACGAACUGAUAUUGGGGCCAUGCAAUAUACAGAAAUGAACGUGUGGACUAAGGUGAGUUAGCCAAGGGUCAUGUUUAGGAGGGCACACUUCAGAUUAACAUGGUAAAUCUUUUAGCGGGCCAGGAAGCAGUGAUUAGAGACUGAGGACUGGAUUCCUUGCUUGGAUCUCUAGCUGACAUUAUUGUCAUUCAUAAACACAGAACAGGGAGAUAAGUGACAAGGAAGGUAAGAUGUAUCUGACAGCAUACUUUGUCAGGGGACAUGGACGUCCAUGGAGAUAAUAGACAUGAUAUGCAUUCAGAAGUAUAGGAGUAAUUGAGGGAAGGUGACACUUAGACUGCAGUUGGUGCUUAUUUCCCAUUAUAUGCACUUGCCAAGAUUGUGACACAACUAUGUUGGUGCCUGGGGAGUUUCAUUCACCAUGGAGUAUAUGGUGAGGAGGAAAUAUGCUCAUCUGUGACAGUCACUAGGCCUGGUAUGGAUGACCAAUGGGGCUUGGCUUUAAACGAUGUUAGGUGAAAACAGGAAGGUCAUAAUUGCUGAGGGGUCAGCAAGUGUGGCACAGAAGUGGAAUAGUGCCACUGAUAUCUGAAGUCAUGCAUAGUUCUGCGUCACUAUGGAGCCGUGCAAGGAGGCCUUCAUAGAAUCAUUUGAGACUCUACCACUUCUUUUAGGAUCCAAUAGAAAUGGAAUUCUGUGGUGAUACUGGAUCCUGUUUGAGUUGGCCAAGCAUAGUCUGGAUGGUGUCAGCCAUGAUGUCAUGUGAGCCCAAAAAUGAAGGCCCAGUGUGGUUUGCCACUUGGAUAUCUGGCGAUAUUGGGCUCAGUGACUUUUGAAGACGUGGCUGUGAACUUUACCCAGGAGGAAUGGAAUCUCCUUAGUGAGGCUCAGAGAUGCCUGUACCGUGAUGUGAUGCUGGAGAACCUGGCACUUAUAUCCUCCCUGGGUUGUUGGUGUGGAGUGGAAGAUGAGGAGGCACCUUCUAAGCAGAGUAUAUAUAUACAAAGAGAGACUCAGGUCAGGAUUCCUAUGGCAGGUGUGUCUCUCAAGAAGGUCCACCCCUGUGAGAUGUGCGGCCCUAUCUUAGGAGACAUUCUGCACAUGGGAGAUCAUCAGGGAACACAUCCCAAGCAGAAACUGCACAGCUGUGAGGCCUGGGGGAAUAAAUUGUAUGACAGUGGAAACUUUCAUCAACACCAGAAUGAGUACGUUGGAGAGAAACCCUACAGAGGCAGUGUUAAGGAAGCGUUGUUUGUGAAGAGGUGUAAGUUCCAUGUGUCAGAGGAGUCAUCUGUCUUCAGUCAGAGUGGGAAAGACUUUCUGCCCAGGUCAGGAUUACUCCAGAAAGAGGCCACUCACACUGGGGAGAAGUCAAACAGAAAAACCGAGUGUGUGUCUCCCUUUCAUGGGGGAAAGACUCAUUACAGCUGUGGAGGAUGCAUGAAACAUUUUAGCACCAAACAUAUACUCAGUCAGCACCAGAGACUGCUCCCUAGAGAAGAAUGUUACGUGUGGUGUGAAUAUGGGAAAUCCUUUAGCAAAUACAAUAGCUUCAGUAAUCAUCAAGGAGUUCAUGCUAGAGAAAAACCUUAUACAUGUGGGAUAUGUGGGAAAUUAUUUAACAGUAAGUCCCACCUCCUUGUUCACCAGAGAAUUCACACUGGAGAGAAGCCGUAUGAAUGUGAGGUUUGUCGGAAAUUUUUUAGGCACAAGUACCACCUCAUUGCACACCAGAGAGUUCACACUGGAGAAAGGCCAUAUGAAUGCAGUGAUUGUGGAAAGUCAUUUACCCACAGCUCUACAUUUCGUGUUCACAAGAGAGUUCACACUGGUCAGAAGCCUUAUGAGUGCAGUGAAUGUGGGAAAUCUUUUGCUGAAAUCUCCAGUCUCACUAAUCACAGGAGAGUUCACACUGGAGAAAAGCCUUACGGGUGUAGUGAAUGUGAAAAAAAAUUUAGGCAAAUCUCUUCACUUCGUCAUCAUCAGAGAGUUCACAAAAGAAAGGCCUUAUAAGUGCAGUGAGUCCAGUCUCAGUAAAUACAGGAGAGCACACACCUGAGUAAGAUCCUGUGAUUGUAGCAAAUGUGGAAAAUGUUUACCCAAAGGUCUGCUCUCCUCGGACAUUGGAGAAUUCACACUAGAGAAGAGUCCUUAUAAGUAAAAUAAAUUUGGGCAGUUUUGUAGCCACACCUCUGUAUUCCUUCAGGAUUAUAGUUAACACUGAAUGAAGGCCUUACAAGUGUGACAAAUAUAGGAUAUUUAUCCAGAAGUCUGGCUUCAUAACUCACAGGAGAGCUGUCGUGGGAAGAUUGCUUGAACCUGGGAGGCAGAGGUUGCAGUGAGCUGAGAUCGCAACACUGCAGUCUAGCCUGGGUGACAGAGACCCUGUCUCUGUCUAAAAUAAAGACAUAAAUGAUGUCCAAUAAAGUAUGCGUAUUUGAGCUGUA